CUCUCCCUAAGUAUUUUGUCCACCAUGACGCAGUAAAAUUUGCACAGUCAUUGGAAUGACACGGCAAAAUGACACAGCAAAAUAUCGUAAACAUGACAAAGUGAAAAUGUAGAAGCUUCUGUGGCUGCCUAUUUAAAGAGCAGUGGCCGUGUUAUCGUCUAUAUUCACUCUAAAUCCAAGGAAGAGUAAAGUAAGCAAGAUUUCAAAGUUUGAUAAUGUCUGUGACUGUCAAGACGUACUUGAACUUUAAAAGCAGUGAACCUGAGAUUCGACGAUUCGGUAUCGAUGCAGAUGCUUCGACCAACUAUGAAUAUUUGGUAGAAAAAAUUCGAAGUGUCUAUCCUAAGUUGAAGAGGGAAGAUUUGCAGCUAUUUUGGAAAGGUAGCGUAAGUCGCGUAGUUAUGGAAAACAAUUUUUUCGGUCAGAUUUUUUAUGUGUUUGAAUUUUAGUUUGAAUGUCAGAUAUAUGAAUAAAAAGUUGCAUGUCGUAAACCUUUUGUACUUGUAUAUAUUUUGCAGAUGAAGAAAACGAAUUUGUUGUUUUCUCGAGUGAUGAUGAACUGAUCGAAGCACUGACCCAACAUGAAGGAGGAUUUUUCAGAGUUUAUGUCAAAGGUAUUGCAUACAGCUUUCUCUAUAAUAGUCUAAUCCAGUCGAUUUGUAAAAAGCUGGUUUAUUAACAUGCACUAUCAAAGUUAUUUCUGUGAUCACAGAUUCACAGUAGGAAUUUUGCGUGGGUAAAGUCUAAGUUUUGAAUGAUUUGUAAGAAAUGUUUGAGGGAAAUGACUCUAUAUUUAACAUUGAGCAUGGGCGUACCGGAAGGAAAAAAUUAGGGGGGCGGAAAGAAAAUCGCCCGACUUUUCGGGAUUCUGCCCGACUAGCACCAAAAUUUUUUUCCCGGAGAAAUUAUUUUUGCCCCCCCCCGUCGCCAAAAAAAUUUUGGUCAGUGUACCAUUUUAGGGGUCAAAAAAAUUUUCCGGACAACCAAAAUUUUUUGGAACAUAACACAAAUUUUCAAAAAAUCACAUAAUUUGUCAAAAAAUUGACUUAGUUUUAGACAAAAUUGACUGAAUUUGUCCCAGUUUUUUUAUUGCAAACCAAAAUUGCCCGACUGUUGAUUGAAUAUUGCCCGACUGCCCAAAAAACCGCCCCCCCGCCCGGUACGCCUAUGGCAUUGAGUCUGUUUCCUAAAACAUUUCUUACAAAUUCUUCAAAACUUAGAAUUUACCUUAAUUAAUCUACAGUAUCAUUUAAUAUUCCUGCUGUAUUAAAUAACAGAAAUUUAAACUAAAUUUUGUGAUGUCAGCAUUUUAAAUUACCAAUGUGGGGAAGGGUGGGGGGAAGAGUGAGGACCAAAUCAAUAUAAACAGUGGAAGAGUAAAAUAACUACCGUACUUAUGGUAGUUAUUACCAAAACUGCAGAUCUAGCUUCCUCUCACUCAAAAAAACAUGUCUUGUUUUUAUGUCAAAACAUUUAGGAUUGCGACAUUCCUACGCCAGUGACUGCUAAAAUGUCAAACUAUUCCGCUUCUGUAGUUUGUUGUGAUUUACUGUAAUUUGUUCUGUUUUUCUGUAGCGAUUACCGAUUUAUCGGCAAAUACCGCGAUAAAACUUAGUUUUUUCUAUUUUUAAAUAUGAUAAUUUGUAGCAAAGGGAAAUAAUACAUUUUUCGUUAGUUUCAUUGCAUAAAAGGAACGAAAUUAAAAUUUUAUCGCAGUAUUUGCAGAUAAAUCGGUAAUCGCUACAGAAAAACAGAACAAAUUACAGUAAAUCACAACAAACUACAGAAGCGGAAGUGAGACACUUUUUGUAUUUUCACUGUAAUAGCUAAUUUUACAACAAUUCUCUACAUGUUGCCAUUUCCAAAUUGGUGAUUUCACAAUUUCUGUCUGAAAUUAUUCUGAACAAUCCGAACCACAAAUUGUACAAUCUUUUACCAACUUUUAACGUUAAUGCUAGAUACUCAUUAAGACACAAACAACUUUUUAUUGAACCUUGGCUACCUCGCUAAUCCUAUUCUACUAAUAGAUUUAGAAAUUAUGUCAUUGAAUCCAACUGAUACUGUACUAGACAUUCUUAAAAUAGCAAAAUAAUUACCGGUACCAUGAUUGCAUGUUUCUUAUUUUAAUGCAGUAGUGUCAAAGAAAGAGCCAAAUGUGAGUAGUGAAGGUCAAGUUCAUCGUCUUGUUUCAUGUGAUGGAUGUGAGGGGAAAGUUGUUGGAUCAAGAUUCAAAUGUUCAGUCUGUCCUGAUUAUGACCUGUGCAGUACUUGUGAAGGUAAAGGUCUUCAUGCACAUCAUCACUUGCUCAGAAUCCGCAAUCCUGAUCCACCCUCCUUCACCCCACCAUGUCCACCAUGGUUCAUGCCCUGGAUGCAUGGUAGGGGCAUGGGUCCAAGAGGAGGUUGGCAUGAUCCAAGACGUGGUUUUCGUCAUCGUGGUGGUCCAUUCCAUGGAGGUCGUGGCGGAGGGGGUUGUCCAAGGUUCCCAGGAAAUACUGGUCCUGAACCAUCCAGCCAAUCUCAAUCAGAUAGCCCUGGAGAAGGUGCAUUCUUCCAUCAGUUUGGUGAAGCACUCAACUCCUUCUUGGGGCCAUUUGGUGUGGAUGUGCAUACAUAUGUUGGAAACAAUCCAGGUUAGUUCAGCUACUGAUUCAUCAUGAUAUAUUUUCAAUGCAGUUAAUUGUUCAUAAUAAUGCAGUUCAAUGCGGUUAAUUGUCACUAUUGGCUAAAGGGUUAUUGCAUAUCUGUAUUGGAACAUAUAGAAUGUAUUAUAUAAUACCUUAUUGAAUUCUGAUCGUUUAAUUGGCUGUUUAUGGUCACAUGAUAUUGAAUAGAAAAUUCCAUUUCCCAAGGGUGCAAUGGAAUACGUUCCAUUGCACUCUUUGCGAGUGCAAUUGUGCUAUACGUUUUAUUCCUUUGCACUCUUUGUGUUUUCGAUAAAUCACAUCCGUCAAAAUGCUUCUUGUACUGUGAUUGCAGUUUGUGCAAUGGUAAGAAUAUUUUCAUGGAAUGUUCCAUUAGAACAUUUCCAUCUUUGACCUCAUCAAAAUAUUCUUACCAUUGCACGAAUAAACAUUCAUUAUUUGUAUACUGUAUAAAAAACUUGCUCUGGAAAACUUGGGCAAAUUUUAAGAACCUUGCAAAUCAUUUGAUUAUGUAUUUUAUGCAUCCCAAAGCACCCUACUUUAUAAUUUAACCUCUGUCUAACCGCUCUAAUGCCGGAUGAUUUUACUCACCAAGAGAUGAGCACUGACGCUCAAUGAGCACUUUGCACUCCUAAAUACCAUAAUUAAUUAAGUAAAUUAUUUUGGCUUCAGGAAAAAUAAUGCAUCUUGUGCAAACUUAAGGUAAUCUUGACAGUUAUGUAUAUUUUUAUCUUAUUAUUUCAGGUGGUUGUGGACAACAUGAAGGUGGAAAAUCGCCAGAUUCAGGAAAAGAUGAAACACCAAAAAAUGACAAAGACAAUGGUGAACCCAUGGUAAAUAUAGCGUUUUUUUGUUAUUUAUUAGUAAGCUAAUCCAUUGCAAAGCAUGCCAUAGACCAUUUGCAGAUUCAGUGGAGUGUACCAUUGUCAUGCUACAGUAUAUAACACAUAUGGCCUUGACUUCAUCCUUUGCUUUCUUUUGAAUUGUAUUCCAUGAUUUCCAUCUUGCAUAAUAUUUGAAGGCACUGUCUGUUUUAAACACGAACAAAAUUGGGGCCAUGCAUGUAUAUAAUGCUACACUCCCAGUCCCACGGCUCGAAAUAACAUUUCCAACGUUCCCGAUCAUGGUGAUCAGCAGUCAUAAUUUUCUGCUGAUCAAAUGAAAAUCUGGCCGAUCAGUAUAGGAUAUACAGUAGGUUCUGUUUAUAUGUUCUGUGAUAAUGCCGUAGUAUCACAUGGUGUUCGUUAACAACAUUAACCAUGUUUUUUGAGACAAUGGUUUUUGCUGAUCAAGAUGAUCAGCAAACCUUGCUUCUCUGCCAAUCAAAAGCAAUUUCCUGCCAAUCAUAGAUCGUUGAUCAGCCAUUAUUUUGUGCCUUGCACUCCAGUGAUUUUGCAAAUGGUCUAUUCACCUGCCAAACAUAAUAUGUGAUAGGUACUGUACAAUAGAUUAGGAAGGUGACUGAUAUUGAUGAUAUAUUUAUUUUCAGGACGAUGCCUGCAGUGGUUCAUCUCAUGAUGGUGACCAUACUUAUAUAGUUGUUGAUGAAACAACUGAAGAUGGCAAGAUUUCUGAGCCUGAGGAUCGAUUAGCAAGUGCUCUUACUCAGAUGAAAGCAAUGGGCUUCAAUGAUGAAGGUGGAUGGCUCACUCAAUUAUUGAAAGCUAAAGAUUACGAUAUAAAUCAGGUUCUUGAUGUCAUACAACAUCCCGAAAAGAAAGCUUAACUUUUUCGAAAGAAACUUUUGGAACUUCAAUAUUUCAACAUUUUAGCUAAACAGUAAACUGGGGAUGGUGUAGUGUUAGAUUUUUUAGAGCUAUAUGUUGUCUUCACACUGCUUUAAUGAAUUAAAAUAAUGCAGCCAGAGUGACUAAAAAAAUUGAGUAAAAUUUCUCAAAUUUAUCAGACUGAGUAAAUUUACUCGGUUUUUAGUAAAGUAAAUCUUAACUAAGAAAAGAUGAGUAAAUGUACUCAUCUGGGUAAUUUUACUCAAACGUUUGAGUCACUCUGGGUGCAUUAUUUUACUCAAGAUUUUGUGUCAAUUGAAAAUGUUUUGCAGUGCAACAUUUAUUCGCCGAAGGCGAGGUGAUUAUCGGGGAAUAUUCGCCGAGACGAAGUCGAGGUGAAUAUUCUCCGAUAAUCACCGAGCCUGAGGCGAAUAAUUGUUUUAGUAUUUUUGCACAAGAUAUUGUUGUGUUUUUCUGGUCUGAAUUCAUUUUAAUUUCGCUUAUUUCUUUAUCACUAACUUCAACAAAACGGCUAGCCGCCAUUUUGAAAAUUUCGAUUUUGUUAUAUUCACCUACUGUAGGUGAAUAUAACGGAUUAAUACGUCAAAUUUGACCAGUCAACUUGUAGGAUUUGUUAUGUUCACUUGUGCAAAAAUACUAAAAUUAUAUAUUAUCCGACAGUAGAGAAUUAAUAAUUAUUAAUGAGGUGGAACACGAUAUGAAGAAUUAUUAAGCCUGAACCUUGUGUUAAUUCUUCAUAUCUUGCAAAAACUGAACUCAAUAAUUGUUUUGUUAUUUAUUUAAAAGAUGAAAAAGACAUCCGGACCUGUGGGUUCAAUUCGUCGAAAUAAUGACCAGUUCUUUUUCUCAUUUGCAAAAAAUCUUUCCUUUUUUUCAUAAGUUCGUUAAGAUAUUUCAAAACCUUUCGUGGCUUCAACGUUAUGACGUCACUCAGGUGAAUAUUAUAUCAAAACUCCAUAUUUGGUCAGCUAAUGAGCUAUGACGAUUUCACAUUUGCCAGCCACUCAGAAACCACAAAUCUUUUGAAUAAAUAAUAAUAGCAUGUAGAUAUGUCGUGACAAAUUCAAUUAUAAUAAUAAUAAUAAUAAUGAAAAAAAUAAGGAGCUGAUUUCAUUUGUUAGGGAAUUCCAGCAGCUUCAAAGUAAUAAGGGCAAACUGUUAAAGCAUAUACCACAAAAUAUAAAUUGAAAAGCUUGAAACAAUUGAAACUAAUGUCGAGCAUGAUUUUUCGAAGUUAGCAAAAUGUACAUAAUGAAAAUUUCAUAACUUGAUGUUUUUACCACUUACUGCAAUUUAAGUCUUGUUUUAUCGUACGUUUUCCGUUAGCAGCCUGACCAUACCUGACUGAAACAUCCCAUGCUGAGAAUUUCCAAAUGUAAUCAGCUACUUCGUCACAAAAAAAUGAAAAAAGGAAAUAAACAAAAAAUUUGUAGUUGUAGAAUUAAAUAUAUAUUAUACCGAAUA